CAAGUUAAUCCAAUCACUCCUCUCUCACUCUGGCAUGCCUUAUCCUCUACCACCCGGUCUCUCUCGCUCAUUUUCUUACUCACUCAAUCCCUGCCUGUGCAGCAACCGGACCUCCAUCCCCAAGUGUCAGUGAAGCUGCUGCAAGACCCUGUGACAAUGGCUGCUACCGGAACGUUCCGUAUGGUGUCGGAGGAGGAGCAGGCCAUGAGGUCCAAGCUGGAGCAUCUGACUGUGAAGGACCACGGGCCUGUGUUUGGACCCUGUCCCAAACUGCCUGUACACACAAUACAGAAGGCGAAGGAUGAACUCAAUGAGACGGAGGAAAGGCGAGUGUCAUCUCUGAAGGAGCUUAGGGCCAUGAUGAAAGAAAAGGCGGGAGAUGGGGAUGACCUGGCUAAGACGGUGCAGGAGCGCUUCGGGGACAAACCCGACUCCCUGCUGCUCCGCUUCAUCAGAGCCCGCAAGUUUGACGUUGCCAGAGCCCACGAGCUCCUGAAGGGUUAUGUGCGCUUUAGGAGGGACUACCCUGAGCUGUUUGAGAACCUAACCCCCGAGGCAGUCCGCAGCACCAUUGAGGCAGGCUACCCUGUGGUCCUUCCCAGCAGGGACAAGUACGGCCGUGUAGUGCUCCUCUUCAACAUCGAAAACUGGGACCUGGAGGAGGUCACCUUCGAUGAGACCCUGCGAGCAUACUGUGUGAUCCUGGAGAAGUUGUUGGAGAAUGAGGAGACCCAGAUCAAUGGUUUUGUGCUGAUUGAGAACUUUAAGGGUUUCACCAUGCAGCAUGCCUCUGGCAUCAAACCCACUGAGCUCAAGAAGAUGGUGGACAUGAUGCAGGACUCGUUCCCGGCCCGUUUCAAGGCAAUCCAUGUGACCCACCAGCCCUGGUACUUCACCACCACUUACAACGUGGUCAAACCAUUCAUGAAGAGCAAGCUGCUGGAGAGGGUCUUUGUUCACGGUGAUGAGUUGGAUGGCUACCUGAAUGAUUUUGACGCUGACAUCCUGCCUGCAGACUUCGACGGGAAAGCCCCCCUCACUGACUGCAAGGCCAUCGCUACCAAACUGUUUGGGUCCGAGGACACAGCGCUCUAACACCUUACGGGUCACAUUAUGAAGCAAGGCUGGAUCAGUGAGGCAGAAUAGGUGGGGGUGAAAUUUCUACCAUGUUGCCUACAAGGGUAUUCAGUUCGAUCAGCUUUUCAAGUGGUUAUCAAGAUGAGUGUGUUGGGUUUUAGGGGGCUAGUGGUUGAUUUGCGACUGGGCAAUAGGAACACAAGCAAGAAAGAAUAGGAAUGUUGAAUAGAGGACAUGGACAGUAAAACAAUAUGAAUAGUUUUUUACAGCACAGAAAAGUGUAGCUCCUCCAUAUACAGAAGUUCACUUUUGAAUGUGCACAGGGAACAAGACGGUCCCUACUGUAUGUAAGAGCACAGAGAAUGGCAUUUGGUGAUGAGAUGACCCAACAGCUUAUUACUGUAGUCUGAGGUGAAUUUGGUGUUCUUUGCCUUAAAGGUUACUUUCACUGUGACUUUACUAGAGGAGCCUAUUGCCUAGCCU